ACUUGCCCGGCUCUUUGCGCUCUAUCUUUCCUCUACAAAUCCAACGCGAACAGGAUUAAAAUGCUCAAGGUUACGAGAUCUAUAAGAUCGUUCAUGUGUACAUGGAUCGCCCUGGUCCUUCUGCUGUUCCCCUUGCUGGCACACGCCGCGGAAGAGGAAGAAGCAGCGAAAGGGCGAGGAGGAGGGGGUGGCCGUGGAAGUAACAGGAAUGGAAACGGAGGCAAGAAGCCCCCUAAAACAGUCAAGCUCGGGAGUUGGAAUGCUCCAUUGUGGGCUGUCGUUCUCGUCCCUAAGCCUAUAAUCACCCCAUACGUUCCGCCGCACAUCAUCAUCUACGAACUCCCGCCCGCCACGCCUUCUUACCCCACCAAUAAAAUCUACGAUAAACCAGCGGUAGGAGGGGAGGCGCAAAAGUAUUAUAGCGAGCCGUAUGGACAAGGUGGUAUGGGAUACAACACGGCUAGUGGAGGAGGUGGCGGGUACGGUUAUAAUAAUCCCGCUCCUUCGACUAUGCAUACCAACAUGGCCAGUGGGGGAGGUGGUGGGUACGGUUAUAACAAUAGCGGCCUCUCUUCCACGCCGGCGAGUCCACCCCAGCACGCACAAAACCUCUCGUCUGGGUAUUCUGGGAGAUUCAUGGCCCAUCUGAUGCGGUCCUCUGAUUUAUCAGAUUUAAUCCACUUUGGAGAGGAUGAAAUCGAACAUAUAGCACCUGAGAAGUUCGAUCUUCCCAAAGAGAGACAGGUCAAAGUUACUUGGGCGAUCAG